AUGGGCAAGAAAAAUUCCACAGUGGUCACAGAGUUCCUCCUUUUAGGACUGACAGAUCGUACAGAAUUGAAAGUGUUUCUCUUUAUGCUUUUCUUGGUGAUAUAUGUUAUUUCUUUAGUGGGGAAUCUUGGCAUGAUUGUGUUAAUUCAAAUCACUCCCAAGCUUCACACUCCCAUGUACUUUUUCCUCAGUUGUCUCUCGUUUGUUGAUGCUUGCUACUGUUCUGUAUUUGGACCAAAAAUGCUUGUGAAUUUCUUUGAGGAGAAGGCAACCAUAUCAUUCGCUGCUUGUGUACUACAAUAUUUUUUAUUUGUGGUCCUUCUUACCACUGAGGGAUUUUUCCUAGCAGUAAUGGCAUAUGAUCGAUAUGUGGCGAUCGCUAAUCCACUGCUUUACAUGGCGGUCAUGACUAAGAGAGUGUGUACCAUGCUGGUCUUUGGAUCAUGUAUAGGGGGAAUGAUUAAUUCACUCACACACACAAUUGGCUUAGUCAGGUUAUCCUUCUGCGGGCCAAAUAUCAUUAGCCAUUUCUUCUGUGAUUUGCCCCCACUGCUGAAGCUCUCCUGCUCUGACACUUCCAGAAAUGAAUUAUUGCUCCUGAUAUUCUCAGGAGUAAUUGCCAUGAUCACCUUCUUGACUGUAAUCAUCUCUUAUAUCUUCAUUGUUAUUGCCAUACUCAGGAUCCACUCCGCAGCUGGGCGAUAUAAAGCCUUCUCCACCUGUGCUUCCCACCUGACAGCUGUGACUUUGUUCUAUGGCUCCAUAAGCUUUAGCUACAUUCAGCCAAGCUCCCAAUAUUCCCUAGAACAAGAAAAAGUGGUUUCUGUGUUUUACACCACGGUAAUCCCAAUGUUGAACCCAUUAAUUUAUAGCCUAAGAAAUAAGGAGGUCAAGGAUGCUAUGAAAAGGGCAAUAGAAUUGAAACCAUCUUUCUGUUAA